AUUCGUGAAGUGUCGUUCGUGCUGUCAGCACCGCAGUCAAGUGGCCAGAAAUCCAUCCACAUCAGUUCAUUUGUAUAGCCUCUUGCACUUAUAGAAAUCUCUUUUCUCAUUCACAAGUGCCAUUUUCCGUGGAGCAUAAAUCAAAGAUUAUUGCUGUGGGGGAGUGAGUGAAAAUUCUUCAUUACAUUUUCAACUGCAGCCUCUGUUGCUAUAUAGCUGUUCCACCCCCAGCUUUUCCAGGACGAGUGGGUGUGAGAAAAAACGGUGGACACUGUGAGUGGUCCUUGUGUGAGAUAUUCUCGAUUUUGUGGAACACUUUUUUUUUAUAUAACUUUUACCCAUGAGAGCUGUUCAAAUGUCCGCAAUGGACAGAUUAAGUGACGAAGAGGCAGCAAAACACACAAAAUCGAUUCUAAAGAACGUCAUUGUCGCAAAAUUGGGUGGUAGUCAUCGUCAGUGAAUUUCGCGUGUGACUCAACGACAGUUCACUCUUCGUUUCCUUUCUCCUGGAUUACCCUCAUCAAGUCAAAAGGGACGGACACGCAAUUUAUAUGCGUGUCAUAGGUGAAAUAUUAAGUGAAAUGCAUAUUAAUUAGUGGUUAGAAUGCUAGACAUUUCACUCUUUUUCCCACAACAAUUGUGAUUUUCUAUUUCUUCUGUUUGUGAAUAACGUUAAAUUUCGAUAUAAUGAAUGAAGAAAAUUUUCUCAACAAAAAAAUACGAGCUUAUUUCAAAGGCCUUUGCUCUUCAUUUGAGAUGCACAAGUUUUGAUUUAAGUGAAAACUUUCUUAAGUAUUUAGUGUGUGAACAUUUGCAGAUGUGGUAUGAAUGAUGUCUUCGAGAUAUUAAGUUGAAUAAACAAACAAUAAGAAGGUGAUAAUUCGAAUGAAAAUGAGCAAUGAGUUCUCGUGGAUUCGGUCAGAGACUUUCCCCAGGUUUAUUUUUACAAAAUGUGCACAUUGGAUAAUUUGCCCAGAGCAAUUGCGUUGAAGCGAACUUUAAAAAUAAGCCCUGGCGUGAGGCUGCGUGUGAGCGAAAAAUCAACCAAGAAUGUUGAUGGCAACAUCUGUGACCGGCGUUGGGAUUAUUGUGCAAUGUGCCGGAGACUAAAUCACCGCUGAGGACGUCAACACCAUGGCUGACCUUCAGGCCACCAUUGAAUUUGUCGUUGAACUCUACAAAUUCUACAAUGUGGACCUCUUUCAGAGAGGACUCUACCAAGUGCGAUGCUCCCUGCGUGUCACUCCACGUUUGCCGGUCCAGGUGGAGACGUGUAUCCCCGAGAGCUCUCCUGGAGCACCUAACUCACCCAGUUCUACCACCACCCCAUCGGCGUGUGUUGUGGGGGGGGCUGGUGCUUCGCGUGUCUUCCAGAUCCUGUACAGGAAUGAGGAGGUCUCACUUCGGGAUGUCAUAAUGUUCCGAGCACAUCUUCUGGUUGACAGCCGACAUCUGAAGGAAUCAGUGGAGAGGGCGGAGUUCUCACUCCACUUGGAAUUAUGGUUUGGGGAGCAGACAACCAAUGGAACCAACUUGUCCUUAGCAUCAUCACGGACACUUCAACUGAACUUUCACCCUGGACGGGGUCUGCACUAUCAUCUGCCCGUCCUCUUUGACUACUUCCACUUGGCAGCAAUUAGUCUGGGGAUUCACGCAAGUCUUGUGGCACUCCAUCAGCCUUAUAUCAAUGCACCACGGAGUACGAAGCCAUGGAUUGGAAGUGGAAAACUCAAUUGUCGUGGAACCAUCUCACCUGGUCCACUUGAGGCUGUCUUCUUUGGGCCCCAAGUUGGGAUGGGAAAGGCAAAAUGUGGCGGAGGAGCAGCUGCUCGUCUAACUCAGGCGAGAGAGAUUCACAAGGAGAUUUGUGCCUUGCUUCUGGGAGCUCUGGAAUCCCUGAAACUCACUCUGGCUGAAUUCAGCACCGUUCUACCACAUCAAUGGGCCACACUAAUGGGUGUCUCAUCCCAGACUUUGUUAUCACCUGGUGACAGCGAUCAACGUCUCAAGAAACUCGUAGAACUCGCUAAGCUCUGCGAUACUGAAGAUGAUUUCACGGCACGUGCCAAUUCCGAUAUUGCUCAACUAUGUGCUGAAUGCAUCCUAAAUUGGCGGAGAGUAAUGUCAUCGGCCACCCAGCCCAGUGUUCACAGUCUCCUGGCCAAAAAACACCAUAUACUUCGCGUGAAGCGUUUUUCAGAGGGAUUCUUCGUCAUGGAACAUCCCAGACACACAACAGCUAGUUGUUAUGAUACUCAGUACCAAAGUUAUGUUAACAUUAGCGAAAUGGCUCGUCGGUCGAGAUAUCUGUGUUCCCUCCCACCACUUCCUGUCCACUGCACACCCCUCGAUGGAGAUGCCAAUUCCCUACCGCUGAUAUUCGAGGACAGAUAUCAAGACCCCAUGGAGUAUUCAAGAAGACGCAUAGGAAGCGAUCCCCACAUCAAUGGACGAGAGUUAAUUUUGAAACCCAUGUACCAUGGAAAGAGCACUGUAUUUGGAGGAAAGAAGGAAUGCUCUUGCAUUAUGCCACCACCUGAAGCAUUUAAAGGUAACAUCAUAGGUAUUCUCACGCCAAAACUAGCACUUGGAGGAGACAUCCUACAAGCAAGUCUUUCAAUAGCUCCUGCUGCGCAUAAAAACCAUAUUCGCUAUCGAACUCUAUCCCGACACUCAGUAUCUACGCUUCUUGAGGGUGAAAAUCAUUGGGAACCUCAACAUAGUACAGUUUGUGUUAGUAACUGCUCGAGUCUCCCAACUAGACAUAGCAAGUCUCUUGAUCAACUAGAAACACCUUUCCAAGCUCUAACAGCAAGUGAAGGAUGUCAAAGUGUACAUGAUGGGGUAUCCAGGGUGCUAGGUUCUCAGCCGACCUCUUUGUCUAGUUCGCAACGUCGAAAAGUUAAUGGGAAAACGACAAAAAGUGCUGAAGAUCUUUUGCGAAACAUCAAUGAAUUCCGACAAAAAUAUAAAAAUCCCGGUGAUCCAACGAAGAAAAUAACUCCUCUUGGUCUAGCUCAGUUCAUUAAUGGCUACGUUAACUCCCUACCAGACAAUCAUGUAGCUACUCUGAAUCGAAACCACGAAGGACGUGAUGCUAGAGAUUAUGUUCAUGAGAUGAAGCACAAUACUAAUGGAUGUCACUACAACUCUCUGCCAAAAGGAACCAGUAUGGGACUCCCUCCUAGAAAUUCCUAUCCUCCUAUACGCGUGAAGAAGCACAAACUAACCAAACAACAGACCAAUGGAAAAGAAAUUAGCACAAUUCCUAGAAGAAACUCCCGUAGCUCAACAAGUAGCAUCAAGAUGAAUGGGAAGAAGAUAAAUGGGGAAAAUCACGCACCUGACUUUUCAAGUUCAGACAGCGAUGACUGCAGUUCGAGAACGAGAAAGAGGCAACGACGCCUUCUAUCGUCCGCCAGUGUGCCUUUUAAGUUGGAGCUUCUGGAGUUGGAUCCCGCAGCAACGCCUGGUAUAAGUGAAAGCCUCCCUAACUUGGCUCCUCCUCCGCCUGAAUUUAUUACCUCACCACCGAUGCGGAAACGCACAACCAGUCAGUCCACAUCAUCACUCAGCGAUCAGAGUGGCUACGUUAGCAGUCAUAAGAGCAGUCCAGAGGAUACAACUCCCGAACCCGUAAAAACCUACGAUGACCAUGUGCUCAACGGAGAACAACUAAGGAUAAAAUUACAGAAACUAUUGCGAGAGGAACCUAAUCGAGAAGUUAGAGAAGAUAAGGAAACUAAAACAAGAAAGAUUACAGAGCACAACGGAGAUGUGAUAGUUCACAAAAAGACUUCAAUGGUAACAGUUCAAAUGAAAACGAAAGCACCACAGAAACCUAAAGAAGAGCCUAAGAUAACCAAUGGAGGCUGGUUUGAAAUACCCCCAGUACAGAACGGCCUGCAUCCCUACAUCAGAAAGGAACUUCUACCUCCAGCAAUUGGCUCUCGCAGAGCCUCGAGUACAAAAUCAAAAUCCGAGUUUGAUCUCACGUCUAUACCCGACAAUCACUCAUUCGAGAACGUACAUCUACCACCACCUAAGCAAUUUAUGGAUGCUCUCCUACCACCUGAUGAAUUUCGAGAUCCUCCAUCGCGAACAGAUGAAAUAGUUUCUCCGAAAGAACCUAGUCCCAAAGAAAAGUAUAUCGUCAAAUCUCCUCCAAUUGAAUUGACUCCUAGACUUCCUGCCAGUUCCAUUGACAACCCACUGUACCACGUUUGCGAAGCUAUAAGAACUCCUAGACCAAAACCUAUGCUGAAAUCUCAGAGUAGUACUGAACUUACAGUCGGGAAGAAUCUUGUAGAAGUUCAUAAUACUAAAAUCAAGAUUGACAACGAGCAUACGAAUGGCACCAAAACCCCACAGAACCCGCCCUUUCAACUGAUGGAGUUUGAAAAAUGUCGCGAAGAGUUUCGAAAGCAAAUCAAGUAUACCGGUUCAAUCUAUUCCGAUUUUACUAAACUUGCCUCUGAUCUGCCGUACUUUCACAUCAGUGAUGAGUACAGAGCCUUUUCGCCUAGUGGUCUUCAUCUCAUUAUCUGUGUUCAUGGGUUGGAUGGGAACUCAGCAGAUCUGAGACUUGUUCGAACAUAUCUCGAACUAGGUCUACCAGGGGCUCAUCUAGAAUUUCUAAUGUCCGAACGCAAUCAAGGUGAUACGUUUUCGGACUUUGAAACUAUGACGGAUCGUCUUGUUGCCGAAAUCAUGUAUCACAUUGAGACUUGCGGACUAAAUCCAGUUAGGAUCUCCUUUGUAGCUCACUCCCUAGGUACAAUUAUUGUAAGAUCAGCUUUGGCGCGUCCACAGAUGAGACCUCUCCUGUCACGACUACAUACAUUCUUAUCGCUCUCCGGACCACAUCUAGGAACACUUUACAACUCUAGCGGACUAGUUAACAUGGGAAUAUGGUUCAUGCAAAAGUGGAAGAAAUCAGGAUCCCUUCUUCAGCUAUGCCUCCGCGAUACCACCGACCUCCGCCAGAGCUUUCUCUAUCGCCUCUCGCAACGAAGCACGUUGCACCACUUCAAGAACAUCCUGCUCUGUGGCUCCAGCCAAGAUCGAUACGUGCCACCCCAUUCUGCUAGAUUGGAACUCUGCAAAGCCGCCAUGCGGGACACGUCCACACUGGGCGUUGUUUACAGGGAGAUGGUUCAUAACAUUAUAGCACCAAUCAUGGCCCGCCCAGAACUCACCCUUGUUCGCUAUGACGUUCACCAUGCACUCCCACAUACAGCCAAUGCUCUGAUUGGAAGAGCCGCUCAUAUUGCUGUCCUCGACUCUGAACUGUUCAUCGAGAAAUUCCUUCUCGUGGCCGGUUUGAAGUACUUCAGCUAGCCUAAGACAAAUCUAGAGAGACUUACAGCUGCUACCACAAAAAUUACUCAUAUUUUCGGUCUGAAGAUAUGGCUGAAUUGCCACUAAAUGAUGAUAAAUUGCCCGCCUAAGACAGAUGAGAGAUAAUUAAAAGGGUACUUUACUUCACCAAAUCAUCUUUUCUUAGCUUUCCAGACGAAUUUUAUAAUUAAUUCAAUGCUUCAUCGUAAUUUAUUCUUGAUUUACUAAAUUUUCUGAGAUGAUUUUAAUUUGUAUUUCCAUUGAAUCUUUUCGCUCAUGGUGAUAGAGACUAUCAGAUAUUUUUCCAAAGCAUUAUUUUCAUAUUUUAAUACACUGCCAUAUUUUGUUUUUUCAAAGAAUUCAACCCCUUUAAUUUAUUAACCCCAAAAGAGCAAUAUUUGUAAAGCAGUGGGAGUCAAAGUUUAUAUGAAAGUAGAAUAACAAAAAAUAGGAUUGUUCAAUUAAAAUCGCUUGGACUUAUGGGAGAGACUGAAAUUCAAUUAUUCAAAAAAUACUCAAAAAAAAUCUUUUUCCUAUGCGAAAUGUUGCAAAAAUCGUAAAAAUAAAAUUACAUUUCUUCCUCGAAAUCAUUUAUUUCAGUGGUGAGAAUUCUAACACAGGCAAAGGUUAAGGUUAAGGUUAAAAGUGAGGUUAAGCUGAAUAUAAGAAAACUUAUUUUAUUUUUUAUUGUUUUUUCAAUUUACGACUCUCUUUAGAAGUGAAAAAAAUCAUGGCUUUUGAAUAUCUUAUAUGACCAGUAGGUUAAUAUGAAAAUGUUUUAGGUUCCAUUAAAGCUAAUCCUAAGAAUUAAAGGCACUUUGUUAAGAAAAAUCAAUCUGACUUAAAAAUCGAUUUUCUAACAGUAAUUUACCCACAAGAAAAUAUUCCUAAAUAUUUCUUAAAUAUUUAAUAGUUCUUUAAAUGAUUUAAACCAGAGGUGUGCAAGAACCGUUGAAACCGAAUAAACGUCAAAAUAGGUUUGUUCAGGUAGCGUUUUGACCAUCGAUUUACACGUUUCAUUUGACAUUGGUUCGGUUUCAAACGGUUCUUGCACACCUCUGAUUUAAACGAAUUAAAUACUAACCUCAAGAUAUGAUAUUUAAGCUAUUUAAAAUAUUCUGAGUUGUUUUAUUAAAUGCUUGACAAGAUUCUCUACGAAAUUUUCUUUAAUUGGGCAAAUAAAAUCCAAAAAAGGGACAUAAUUUAUUUACAAUAUGAUUUUUCUACAAAUUUUUGUACAUAAAAUUACUUUAAAAUUAUAACCCCGAAAAAUAUUUUUUAAGGUUAUGUUAAUUCACAUUUCAAAUAAGGGAAAUACUUAAAUGUACUGCCUAAUCAACAAAAAAACUAAAAAAAAAUUAAAUUGCUUUUAAGAGUGAGGAAACAAAAUAUUGUGUUACUACACUGUUUUUCCGAAGUUCGAUUAUACAUUAACCCCACAUUAUAAAGAAACUUUUUUUUUACUAAAUACUGGUUGAUUCUUCUUAUAUAGGUUUAGCGGAAUAUUUUCAGGGAUCAGAUCUGAGAAAAUUCAAAUUCUUUAAAAAUUUUGAUCAUCAUAAAAAUGUUUUCUUGGGUUAUAUUUUUUUUUAACAUAACCUCACAAUUACAUUUCAACCUAACCUUUUAACUCUGGAAGAAAUUUUCACCACCAGUUUUCGAAAAUAUAUUUAUCGUAGAUAAAAUACAUGAAAAUUUACUAUCUUUAGAAAAUUCAUGAUAAAAUCAUAGGGAAUUUAAUGAAUAAAAAAUCAAUUAAUGAAGUGUAAUUCUUAAUCAAAAAGAUGGAACAUUUAUAUUUUCUAGCGAUAACCUGAUACGAAAAAAAAUCAUACAAUUUAGCGAAUUCUUGCAUGAGACGGAUUUUUAAAUCAAAUUUUAAAUCAAAUAAUUAGUCGAAUCUCGAAAUAUUGAAACAAUUUUUGGGCAUACAAAUUUUAGCGAAUGAUUUUUAAUUUUAUUCAAAAAGUAAACGCGUAAUAAAUAUUAGGAAAAAUGCUGUAAAAUCCAUAACAAAAAUUGAGGGAAUACUAACCUUAUGAAUAAAAGUUAUUGUAUAAUCUUAUUGAAUGACAAAAAGAGCCGAAAUAGUUGGAUUUUAGAAGAGAAAUAUGAAAUGUUGUAGUUUGAAGGAAUGCUAUAUAUUUUAGAGUGAAGAAAAAAACAAAAUAAAACGAGUAAUCUCUAUUCAGUCCAAUUUAGAGGAGCUACUGAAGAAGUUUAUGACGUGAAAACAGUCUUAUAAAAUUACCAAAAAAAUAUGAUUAAAUUAUAAUAAUUAUAGAAAAGGAAUGAAUAUCGAUUAUACAACAUUGAAUUAUUGAAAAAUUUUCGAGGAAUAUAUUAAAUGAAUUGUCGUAGAAGAGUCUGCAGAGAGAUAACUAUGUCGUGUUACUGAUAAGUAGAAUUUUAUGAAUCCACGAAUUGUGUUAAAAUAAAAUUAGUGAUAGAAUAUGAAACAAAA